AUGAACACAUACAACGCCGCUGCCCUCGAUCCCUUCGACCGUGCUCCCCUCGAUCGCCUCCGACGUUACAAUCUUGCCGCCGCCGCCAAGCCGAGGUACGGGAUCGCCUCCAUCACGUUCCUUCCCUGGCCGCCCCUCCCUGGAUCCACCCCUCGCGAUGCCGCCGCUCUCUCUCCCUCUUACCGCGAUGCGGCGCCGCCCCCAUCUGCCGCUCCGCCGCCGCCGCCACCUCCCUCCCCCUGGCUUCCCCUAUCUCCCCCUUAGCCACCUCCACCCCCACCCUUCCUCUCCAUUGCCGGAUCCGGUUACAGAUCAUCAAGGUUAGGCGAGGGAGCUCCAUGUCCAUGGCGCACGCGUGCUCAUCAAGGAAGCGGCUCCCGGAUCUUGAUCGCGCGGCCGUGACGGAGGGGAUCGAGGUGGACGCCGCCGCCGCUGAAGACCAAGCCCCCACCUUGUCCAGAAUCACUUCCGCCGUCGUGUUCCACCAUGGAAGGAGGAGGCGGCUCAAAGUCUCCCUCGCUGCCGGCUCCAGAUGCAGCUGUCGCCAUGGGACAAAGAGGAGAUAAAAGGAGUAUUGGAAAGCUUAAAACCAGCCCCACAAAACCACUCUGCCUGGAGAAAGAAGACAAUAUUUGGCAUGAUCUGUUUCAUCUACUAUAGGUAACUUGGUAUUUUAUUGUGCACACACUAUAUUUUCAUGUAAAAAUAAUCUAGAGGCUUGUUCUCUGAGGCCAUAUCAAGCAAGCUUCUGAUGGAGAAGAAAGAAGCAAUUCUUCUCUUCAAUUCAAACAAUUGAUUUGUUAAGUUGUUUUCAGUUUGAGGUGUCAAAAUGAGAACUUGGAGGAUCAAGACCUUUGAACUGAAACCAAAAUUAAGAUAUACCACGACACCGGGACACAUAGAGUAGCUAACUAGAUGUAUGGUAUUUCCAGAAAAUAACUAUACAAUAAAGUAGGACACCAGAAAAAUCAAGUAGGGAACCUGAUGGGUUACCCUCUUCGGUAAAAACUUGGUUCAUGUAUAAUCUAUUGAGAAAUCACAGAGUCAAAAAUCGUUGUCCCGUUCUCUUCGGUAACGAUUUUUUAUUUAGUAAUCCUGCGCCUCAAAGUUCGUAAUCCUGUAAUGCAUCCUUGAAAUCAGUUUGUUCUCCACCAUUGAGUAUCAUACAUGAUGCAUCAACGGGUUAGGUAGAAAUUGCCUGCCCUAAAACCUGCAUGACAACCAGACUGCCACAUUUAUUCAGUGCAACUCAUCCCGCUUCAGCAUCGAAGUUUCAAGGGGCCAUGAGAGCGGAGGUAGCCAAGUCGUUGUCGCAUUAAGGCAGAGUGAGGACGUAAUUAUCUCAUUAGCGUUCAGUGCUGGUUCGAUAAACAACCUUUGAUCCGUGUGGUUUGUUAUAUAUCUACUGAUCCAUGAAGAAACUUUUCACUGGAUACUUGUCACCUGUUUAAACAAUUAUCUUUUGAUUAGUAGUUUCUCUACGCAAGUUUUUUUUAUCUAAUUGUUGCAUUCUUCAUAGGUUUAUAGGGGUAUUUUGUAACCUGGAGCAAUCAGACACACUUUCUAUAAGGAAAUGAAAUCUGAACAUCUGUUUGGUUUUAAUAUGUAAACUAAUGUACCUACUUAGAGUGAUCUUUUAACUCAAUGAAAAUUACAGAAAUUUGCUUGGUAAAGGCCUCAUGUCACUUGAGAUCAAAGAGCUCAAGCUACUUGAAAAGCAACUUGAUUCAUCCUCAAGAUACAUAAGAUCCAAAAGACUAAUUGAUUUCUUUCGGUAUAAAUUGUUCCUUUGUCCUGCUUAUUUCUACUGUGUUAAAUAAUCAUAGGCAAUAUUAUGCUGCUAAAUGUAGGGUUUCAUGAUCACUUUUGACCUGUGUUGUAGGUAGAUUACACCUAUUUUUGUCUUGCUUUGUUUUUAAGUAAAAUUGAGCAGGGCGUGUGCUCUGUUCAAACAAUAAACAAAAUAGAGUAUCCUCAUGCUGUAAAUAUACCUCAGUUUUUUUUUUCAAUGGACAAAACACAUCUCAGGUUAGUGAGCUUCCCUGUACACUACAUCUCUAUUGAACUAUGUGCAGUUUUCAGCUUGAUGUCUUUGAUUUAAUGUCAUCAUUCUAGGACUGGAAAAUUUAGCAUUAGACAUAUUGAUUCAGUAAUGCAAUUAAUGCAUCAUAAAAACUAGGAAUAAUUUGGCUGUGUCGUCCUCGAUAUGUUAUGACACAAAAAUGUUGAUCAUUUUCACGAUUGUAGACACAUCAUAUGCUUCAUCAUCUCACUGGUCUCUAGAGCAAGGUAUGCUCUUAACAAAAUAAAUUUUAUCAUAUUAUGUAUUCAUAAAUUUUCUCACACAAAUUUAUUCAGAUAUAAAAUCAACUGUACACUGAAUAAUUUUGUAAGAAAAGAUCUUUUGAGAAGAAAAUAAGUGCCUUAGAAGAAAAGAAAAUGUCAUUUCCCAUUGCAUGUAUUAAUUAGAUUACUGAAUUCUUUCCCUCGAGAAGAAAUAAUUUAACCCAGUCAUUUCUGUCCUUUCUUUUGGGUUUAAGCUUCAUAAAAGUGGCUGAGUGUUGACGUUGGCUCGCCAAGCCUAUCAAGCCUGUCCAACAUUGUCUGAGAUAGUUUGGGCAUAUUCAACAUAGGCCUCUUGAAGCUCUCAUGCGUAGCGGAUGGCUAAAGCGUGCUGAUACUGUCAAGAGAGGUCGGGGUAGACCGAACUUGACAUGAGAGGAGUCCGUAAAGAGAGAUAUGAAGGACUGGUGUACCCUCAAAGAACUAGCCCUGGACAGGGGUGCGUGGAAGCUUGCCAUCCAUGUGCCAGAACCAUGAGUUAGAUGCAUUAUCUUAUGGGUUUCACCUCCAGCCUACUCCAACUUGUUUGAGACUAAAGGCUUUGUUAUUAUUAUUGUUAUUGUUACAUUUCUGUCCUUUCUAGGAGGAUUUCAAUUGUUUUCCCAAUUUUCCUUCCACCAUUUUGUAACCCUCUGCAGAACCGUCUGGGGAGGUUCGCAACAUUGUCUACUCAUCUGAUGGGAAAUCGGUAUCUGUUAUCUAUCAUGUGGUUAUGGAACUGAUACAGAUGUACCCUUCUUUGCCUCCCUUCUUUGCCUGGGAGUUAAUUGUGGUUCAGUUUGCAGAAUCUUGUUUGGUUUUACAUUGAUCUUGCAUGCUCAAUUUUUAAGCGUAUAACCAGUUUGUAGGUCCUUGUUAUGGCCGGCCGGCUUAGGCCCGCAAGUUAUCUUAGUUUUUAUUUUCAGAUUAGGCAAGUUAUCUUAGGUUGAUUCUUCUACAAGUUAUCUAGGAUAUAAAUAUAGGUUGUAAGACUCUUUUUGAAGGCAAGCAAUAAGAAGAAUAUUAUCUCCUAUUGCCCGGCUCCCUGAGGAGCCGGAACCCUAGCCGCCAACAGCCCUAGCCGCCGCUCUUCUCCUAGCCGCGACGGCGCCCUGCCGCCGGCGCGCCCGAUCCUCGCCACGUCUCCCUCCAUCCUUCCCUUACCACCUACGCCCUAGACCUGGUAGAGUACUUGAUCCUACCAAUUUGGUAUCAGGUAACCGGGUUUCGACCAUGUCUCCGCCAAUUCCACCGCCACCACCACCGCUGCCCGCCAACUCCUCCACCACCGCCGCCUCUGCGCCGGGCGUCACGGCCUCGCUCUCGGCGGGCACCACUGCGUUGCUCUCAGCGCCGGUCCUAACGGCACCCGGCACCACGCCGGGCCAAGGGCAGCCACAGGCCCCCGUCCAACACUCGUCGCCGCCAUCACCUCCCCCGCAGCCGCAACAGUUCACGCCGGAGGCCAUGGCGGGCGUCCUCAACGACCUCGUCACCGCGGUUCAAGGGAUCCGCCUCUACCUGGCAGGUCCGUACGGGCCGCCCCCACCACUCCAUCCAGCCAUGGCCGCGGGUCAGCAGGCGCUUCCGUGGUACUCGGCAUCGGGGGCCAUCACCGGACUCCAUCCAGCCAUGGCCGCGGGUCAGCAGGCGCUUCCGUGGUACUCGGCACCGGGGGCCGUCACCGGAGGCUACCCGGCGCUCCCCGCCCCAGCGGCCGCACGGCCGCCUUGGGCGCAGUGGCCGCCUCAGAUCACGCCGGCAGCCCCGCCACUUCUCGCCACCACGGGGCCGCAGUGGCCCACCUGGACCGCGCCGGCCGCGCCGUCCUCCGUCGCGCCCUACCUUCCAGCGGCCUCGGAGCAGGGUCCUCCACCGGCCCCGCCCAGCCCUAACCUGGGCACCGGCGCCUCGGAGCAGGGCCAGACCCAGCAGCUUCUUCCGGCGUCACCGCCGGCCCCCACGCCGCAGGCGCCGGUGCAGCUCCACCAGGCGCCGCCGCCAUCGACAGUACCACCACCCGCGCCUAGGGCUACGGGUCGGCCCCUGCACCAGGUGUAGUUUCCACCGUCACCAUCGCCGAUCCCCGCUUGGGCGACCGGCUCGUCUUCGGGGCCGGUCUACUCCACGGCGCCGGAACACCCGACGCCCUCCCUGCGGUUUGAUCACCCCUCCAGCUCGGCGAACUACGCCCCGGCGCUUCCCGACCCAGCAUACGCGCCGGCGGCAACUACGGCCGCCCCUGGGCACGGCGGGCCGACACCCCCUCGCUUCGCCAAACUGGACUUCGCCACCUACGAGGGCACGGAGGACCCCCUCAACUGGCUCAACCAGUGCGAGCAGUUCUUUCGAGGGCAGCGGACGCUCGCUUCGGAUCGCACCUGGCUCACGUCCUAUCAUCUUCGAGGCGCAGCGCAGACCUGGUACUACGCCCUCGAGCAGGACGAGGGCGGCAUGCCACCAUGGGAGCGCUUCCGGGAACUCUGUCUCCUCCGGUUCGGGCCUCCUAUCCGCGGGAGCCGACUGGCGGCCCUCGGCCGCUUACCCUUCACAUCCACGGUGCAGGACUAUGCCGACCGCUUCCAGGCCCUGGCGUGCCACGCGCCGGGCGUCUCCGCAACUCAGCGCGCCGAGUUAUUUGUGGGCGGUCUACCGGACCAUAUCCGCGUGGACGUGGAGCUUCGGGGACCCCAGGAUCUCCAGUCGGCCAUGUAUUACGCCCGCGCAUUCGAGCGCCGCGCGGUGGCCAUCCAGCAGGAAUCACCGUCCCAGACUGCUGGGUCGCUACCCGGACCGGAUUCCGCGCAGGGUCGGCCUGUGCAGGCUUCUGCGGCACCCCUCGCCGCGACCGCGGGGCGCCCGUUCCGCCGGCUCACUCCAGCUGAGAUACUCGAGCGUCGCCGCCAAGGGUUGUGCUUCAACUGCGACGAACCCUACAAGCCCGGCCACGCCUGCCCGCGACUCUUCUACCUAGAGGUGGCAGACUACAUUCUGGAGGACGCCGUCGCCGCCGACCUGGCCGCCCCAGAUGUCGAGAAGAUGUUUGACGCUGGUUGAUUACCUCGAAGAGUUCAAGCAAGCGCUUCCCCACCUUACAGCUCGAGGACGAGCUGUUUGUGCAGGCGGGGAGAAGUGUUAUGGCCGGCCGGCUUAGGCCCGCAAGUUAUCUUAGUUUUUAUUUUCAGAUUAGGCAAGUUAUCUUAGGCAAGUUAUCUUAGGUUGAUUCUUCUACAAGUUAUCUAGGAUAUAAAUAUAGGUUGUAAGACUCUUUUUGAAGGCAAGCAAUAAGAAGAAUAUUAUCUCCUAUUGCCCGGCUCCCUGAGGAGCCGGAACCCUAGCCGCCAACAGCCCUAGCCGCCGCUCUUCUCCUAGCCGCGACGGCGCCCUGCCGCCGGCGCGCCCGAUCCUCGCCACGUCUUCCUCCAUCCUUCCCUUACCACCUACGCCCUAGACCUGGUAGAGUACUUGAUCCUACCAGUCCUACUAUUUGAUAUGUGGACGUCACCAAUGGGGGCAUGGAGAUUAUGGCGAGGCAUGGUGCUGCGGUGGCAGCGGUGAAGGUAACCUCGUCGAAGGCGGUGUCGAUGGAUGGCUGUCGAUGAAAGCGGCAUGGGAAUGGGGGAGGUGGAGUGUCGAGGGAUGGAGGCAGAGAACGGCAGCCGGGGAGACGGAGUGGCAGUGAGAUUGGACUAGCUUGCCUAGGAGUGUGGGCAAGAUUUCCUUUCCAGGAUGGCCGAGGGUUUCUUAGUGUGUGUGAGAUACUCCACCAAAUACCAUGCAUGGUUAUCUGAAAUUAUAGAGAAUGGUACAGGUAAGAACCUAAACUUAUCUUCAUUUAUAGUGCUUAUCUUCAUUUAUAGUGCUAAAGAUAUGUCAAUACAUGUUCUUACAUUUAGGCUCCUAAACUUGUUGAAUGAGUUCUAUAUACAAUAUUUAAGUUGUCCUUCUAUAAAUUAAGACUGCCCUUGCUAAUCUUUGUUGCAUUGCUAUUGAUGAGUCUGUAAUUGUCAACCUGGAGCAAGUAAGAUUUUGUUUAGAGCUUUAUUCUAUUGGAUUUUUUUCUAUUACAGAAGUUGAUGCUCGAUCUUGUUAUUCAUUUCCUGGGAUCAUUUCUUAGUCUACUGCAUCAUUAACAAGAGCUUGGGGAUUGCUUCGAGGAUUCUGCGGAUUUCUCCCGUAACCUCUUGUAGUGACACAAUUAAUGCUAUGAUCUUCAACCAUAAAAAUGAAGCCGUAAGCGUUGAUGGUCUGCUCCUAUGAUCUCAGAGGUACCAAAAUGAAGCUUAAGUCUCUUUUUAAGAAUUGGUUCAUGAUGUUUUUACAUUUAGCUACUCAUGUAUAGCUUUUAGGUUUACUUUUUUUCUCCUUGUAAAAUUCUUUUUUUCGUUUGCUCACCUUGUAAUCAACUCUGUGAUUUUAGGAUUUAGAAAUCAGUCCAGGUGCCUAUAAAUGAAUUUAGUUUAACUCUGUAAUUAACCCUUAAGAAUAAUAUAUAAUUGUUCUGGUUGCACUCAUCCCUUAUUCAGAGCUUCACCAAUGGUGAUAGCGUUGUGUCAAGGAGCAGGUGGAGAGGGAGAAAGAGAAAGGGAGAAUGGAAGCCAAGUGAUAGACAAAGGGAGUGAAAGAUAGAAGACAGGCAAUAACUUGUAUUCUCUUACUAACGCUUUAUUUAUUGAGGACCUGUACCAAUGCACAAUUAUUUUUUGCUGUAUGAUGGAAACAUUUGGCGAGUCAAACAGACAAAAAAUAAACAAAUUUUAUGUCCUUUUGGGCCACUGUGUUGAAGUUUUUAGGGUGGCAUGUGUGACACUCGGCUAAUGUAGCUGCUCAUCGGCUAUCGUACAAUGGUUGUGCAAAUAAGUUAUGUAAAACAUGGGUCGGGUACCUGGCGUUUUGUAUUCAUGAUUUUUUCUGGACUCA